AUGCGUCCACGACUUCCAACUGGUGUCGAUAUUCAGUGGAUUGGAGCAAAUGAAAGUGGUAGUCAUGUGGCACUGAUAGGCUCAAAAAGUGCAUUUAUUGUUGAAAUACCGAAUGAUAUAUGGGCGGUGAACGUGAGACUGUGGAAUGAACGCAUACAAUCUACCUAUUACUGCCGAUGCACCACAAUUGGCAGUGGUAUGCAAGUUGGUUCGCAUCGCACAACAAUUCUAAAAGCAAGGUGGUAUAUCAAAGAAGCAGACGAAAAAGGCGAAAGUGUAUGUGAUCGAAUUGCUUUACUGUACUCCGAUUCUGUUAUUAGAGUUUUUGAUGCGUCCGAGCCCACUGAAGUUCCGAUUGCUAGACUUGAUUUUCGUCCGAUACUUUCAUCGUCAUCAUCUUUGGAUUUGUCAACCAUCUCAUCGAGAGAUCAAUCUCAGUAUAAUGGAUUAGGUUUAUACAAUUCGAUUGUUUCGUUUGAUUUCGGGCCGAGCUUGAAAUAUAACAAUUGGAAUAGUGAUGAUAAUGAUGACAAAACAAGUGGAGCCAGUCGACGUGUGGCAACGAUCUUUGCAGUCGAUAACGAGCACGGUGCACUUUAUGUUGCACCUUUUCACUUCGAAAGUCCAUCCAGCUCGCAGCCACUUGGGCCGUUCCAUAUCGAACCAGAAGCACAACAAAGAUAUCUAUCGGAUGUAUGCGAUAUCAUUCAUGUAAGACAUACGUCAAGUGCCGAAAUUCCGUUAUUCGCUCUCGUCACAAGCAGUGGCGUCAUUCUACACAUCGUACCGAUUCCUUCGAGCAGUACAUUCGAUAAUAGCGAAAUUAUUAAGUACGAAAUGUUAGCCGUGGAUGCAUUCUCCCUUCUAUCGAAUCAUUCAAGUUUCAAUGAUGAAUUCUUGCUUUUGAAUGAUCCGGUGAAAUUGGGGUAUUAUUUGGUUUAUGGAAGAGGUAGCGUUUUUCGAAUCAAUGUAACAUCAUCAGUAAGCAAUAUAUUCAACAUGUUGACAAGGAAUCGAUGCGACGAGAAUGUCACCGAAUCGGGUUUCGUCGAGCAUAUAUUUUGGAUUGUUGGUGAUGAUGCAAGGGAAACGUCCUCAAAACAGCGGUCAGCUGUCACCGCGAAACGUAUCCGGUGUGUGUGCUCGACAUCAGUUAUGGGAAUUGAUGGUGUAAAGGGAGUAAAUGGUGAAAGCUCUGAUGAUGAUGACGCAGAUUGUUGCUAUUCCGAACUAAAUUCCGAUUUUAAACGUACAUCCACAGUCACAUCAUUGAAAGCCAAUCGAAUUCUUUUCUUGACACUAGUGGGUGAUACAAGUCCUCAGCUACUCACUAGAUGUGUUGUACUGAACGGUUCACUGAAAGAAAGUGAUAUGAUCAGAACGACUGAUGCCGUGUUGAAUGCGUUGCUGCAAAAUAUUUCAACUGUAACUGAUGUAUGCACACUUGUCUCGUCAAGGUUAAAUGAUGCACAUCAACGCAAGAUAGACCUUCAAGAGCAGUGGGAUGAAGUUGAUGCACGAUUGCUGAAUGUGAUCCGAUCAGUUCUGUCACAACGAGUUCCGAUGUUAACGAAUGCCGAGAAAGAAACACUUGAGAAAUUAAACAAAAUGCAGUCAACUCUGAAUGAGCAUUUACAGUAUAUUUCUCAACUUGCUGAUGAAACUGCAUCAUUGCGUCGUGAAAGACUCGGUUUUACGCGUCCAUUCCAAGCCUCAUCGAAUGCGAGAGCAUUUAUGCUAUCCAAAAAGUAUGUUUCUAUUGUCAAUUAUUAUAAAGAGGUACAUUCUCCGUUACCGACUUCUGCAAGUGGACUGGUAUUCGUAUCAACCAUUGAUGGCUAUUUACGUGCAAUUGAUCCCUUCUCAGGAGUAGAUCAAUGGCAAAUUAAAGAAGAUCCAGUAUUACAAUCACCCAUUACUAUACAGCAUGGAUUUACAUUUUUACCAGAUCCUCAAGAUGGCAGUCUGUAUAUGUUGCGUGAUGGACAGUUGAAAAAAUUACCGUUCUCAAUCCCUCAGUUAGUGAGCGCUUCACCGUGUCGUUCAAAUGAUGGCGUUCUAUACGCAGGUAGCAAGAAGGAUGUAUGGUUUGGCUUAAACGCAUUAACGGGUGCCAAAGAAGAGGAAUUAUCACAGUCGUCUGUACGACGACAAUGUCCGGCGAGUAGCGAUAAAACUAUCUUUAUUGGAAGAUCUGAAUAUCAUCUGUCGAUGUUCGAUGCAGAAAAUCACAUGCGACGGUGGAAUGCAACAUUUACCGAUUAUUCCAGUCAUCUCUUGCCAGCUGAUAUCUCUUAUCCGUAUCAACACUUCGCAAGUGCACCAGAUGGGCGAUUAAUCACAGUCGAUGGAUCAACUGGUGCGAUUUUAUGGGAGCGUAAUUUUGGGAGUACAAUAGUGGCGAUUUAUUUGUUGCAAACUGAUGGGCUUCAUAAUUUGCGUUAUACAGUGCUUGGCAAGGAAACGAUGGAGGAAUUGAUACGGGUUAGUAGUUAG